UGGCCGCCUCGUCAUCUCCUGCCCCGCCAAGGCCCGACCCGUAAGUGGGGCCGCCGGGAGCUCACCGGACCGGGAGCCCCAUUCCACACGGCUGGGGCAGAGAAAAGAAACUGAGAUUGGGCAGAAUCUGCGCCCUUAACAGCCGCGCUACUAGGAGGUCUGUGAGCCCCGCCCCUCCGCGGGACUAACUCUGGGACCAAGUGGAGGGGAGAAAAGGGGAGCCUGUGGUCGCACCUGUGCAAAGGUUCCCGCAGUUUCCCACAACCCUCGCUCCCUAACAAGAGUCCGCGCAGCCAGGUGGGGAGGGGCGCUGGGACCCCCGCCCCCUCCACGCCUCGAACCUGGAGCUGCCUGGUGUCCUGGGAAGGAUCUGGCCUGUGACCCUUGAAGGACUGGUGGCGAUAUAAUUUGGCAGCCCCGACUAUGGGCAACGCGCAGGAGAGGCCGUCAGAGACGAUCGACCGCGAACGGAAACGCCUGGUAGAGACGCUGCAGGCGGACUCUGGACUGCUGCUGGAUGCUCUGCUGGCGCGGGGUGUGCUCACCGGGCCCGAGUACGAGGCGUUGGACGCGCUGCCUGAUGCAGAGCGCAGGGUGCGCCGUCUGCUGUUGGUGGUGCAGAGUAAGGGCGAGGCCGCCUGCCAGGAGCUGCUGCGUUGCGCCCAGCGGACAGCGCGCGCGCCCGACCCCACCUGGGACUGGCAGCACGUGGGCACUGGCUACCGGGAACGAAGUUACGACCCUCCAUGCCCAGGCCACUGGACGCCCGAGGCAGCCAGCUCGGGAACCCCAUGCCCUGGGCUGCCCAGAGCUUCACACUGCGAUGAGGCCGGAGGUCCUGAGGGCUCUGAAGCAGUGCAGUCCGUAACCCUCGAGGAGUUUGAGCCAGAGGUGGAAGCUGAGGACACUGAAGGGGCUGAGCCCUCUGAAGGGACUGAGGCAGAGGUGGAACCACAAAUGGAUCCGAAUCCAGAGCCAGAGCCAGAACCAGAGCCGGAGGCAGAACCAGAGCCUGAACUGGAGCCAGAGCCUGAACUGGAGCCCGAGCCCGAGCCAGACUUUGAGGAGGGGAAUGAGUCUGAAGAUUCCUGAAGACCAGAGUGCUGACAGGCUGCUCCCUGCCCAAGCCGGAUAGGACCUGGGAUCCUGCACUGGCAGGAUGGGAUGCCACCAAGGCUCUGCCUGGCCCAGUAUUCACUGGAAGUGAAUAAACUCCUGAGGGACGACCUGG